UGGGAAGUAGAGUUUGUUGCAUGCUACUUCAUCAAGGGUUCCGGGAAGGACGUAUCCCGCAUAGUGUCGCACAUCGCCCACGAGUUGCAAAUCAGCGACGAGGACAUCGCCACCCAGAAGCGCAUUGCCGAGCGCGUCCAGCCAUUUGCUGACACAGUCUUACCAAAACGCACCCUUCGCAUCAGCAUCGAUGGCAAAGAACAGCAGACUCUUGGGCCUUCGAACUACUCCGGCAUCAGCUCUGGCCUCCACCAACUGCACUUUUCGCCAACCCAGCAGCUCUCGCCUUUCGUUUCGAAUGCAAUCAAUCUCCCACCUCCUUUCGGUAUCCCAAGUGUCACAGUCCCUGCCGAAGAGCGAGGCUGGGCCGUGAUAUCUGACAUAGACGACACCAUCAAAAUCACCCAAACCCCAUCCCCGCUCGGAAUUCUCCACGAGACCUUCAUUGUUGAGAACCCUACACCAGUCCCAGGCAUGCCAGCACUUUACAGCCACAUCCAAUCGACCCUCCAAACCCCACCAUUCUUUUAUCUGUCUGCAUCCCCAUACAACCUCUAUCCUUUCCUGCGUCAAUUCAGAGAAGCCCACUACCCACAAGGCACCAUAAUCCUCCGUGAUGCUUCUUGGCAGAAUCUCGGCGGCCUCAUCGCGUCUCUCAACCAGGAUACUCAAGAAUACAAAGUCGACCGUAUGAAGAAGAUACAUUCCUGGUUCCCGCAUCGACGAAUUGUGUGCAUCGGUGACUCCACACAGAAAGACCCAGAGUCAUACGGCGAGAUUGCCCGCCGCUUCCCCGGCUGGAUUAAAGCUAUCUAUAUCCGCAAAGUCGAAGGAAUCGCAGAAAUGGACGGACAGACCAAGAAUAGCAGCGAACGCUUCCAGAAGGCGUUCGAAGGUCUGGAUCAUAACCUGUGGCAUGUCUUCACUGACGCAAGCGAUCUUGCGGAUCGCGUUGAUGAGCUU